GUUUGGCCGACAGACGAAGAAAGUUCAACAAUAACAAAGGAAAUUUACUCGUCUAUGGCCACAGGAGCGAUUGUGGAGCUUCAAAGAAACUUUCCCAACUGGUCCAAUAUAGUGGAAGGCAUAGUAAAGCUUGAGAGAAAGAUCUUUCCGAAACACGAAUCGCUUGCUAGAUCCUUUGAUGAAGAGCUCAGAAAAAAGAACAGCGGAUUGCUUUACGUCGUCGUAGAUGGAGAAGUUGCAGGCUAUGUCAUGUACUCAUGGCCUUCUUCUCUUUGCGGUUCCAUCGCAAAGCUCGCAGUGAAGGAGAACUUGAGGAGGCAAGGAUAUGGAGAGGCAUUGCUUAAAGCGGCGAUCGAGAAAUGCAGAACCAGAAAUGUCCAAUGCGUAUCGCUUCAUGUUGAUCCGCUAAGGACUCCUGCUAUGAAUCUAUACAAGAAACUUGGUUUUAAGGUUGACAACCUCAUAGAGGGUUAUUAUUCAUCUGAUCGAAAUGCCUACAGAAUGUACUUGGAUUUUAGUGCAGAAUAG